ACGAUCUUCACGUCUUGUUGCUCGAGCGUCCAACAGUUCUAGGCAGCUGCUCGGAUGAAGCGGUCGUCCAAAUAUUUGCUGUAAAAAGGACCUUGGUGCUUUUUUUGCGUUCCGCAACAACAUGGCUGGGGUACCCAGGAUAAUACUGGCCUUGAUGGUGAUAAAGCUCGUCUCCGCUCAGGACUUUGGUACGAUGGUGCGCAAGUGUCGGGAGAACCACGCACCUCGCUUCAACGAGUGCAUCGUGCAGGCGGUGCGACGACUGCAGCCUCGCCUGAGUCGUGAGAUUCCUGAGCUGAACCUGCAGCGCGUAGACCCUCUGCGCAUCAACAACUUCGUCCUCAGCAGCAACACGGACCUCGCGUCGCUGCAGUUCCACAGCAACGCGGUGGACAUCGCCGGCCUCAGCAAAUUUGACUUGACCCACUUCGACAUCGAUUUCGAAGGAUUGAAGACACAUGUGGAAGCGAGUGUGCCGAGCGUCAUCGCUAAGGGUGACUACAACAUCUCGGGACGGGUCUUUGGGCUGCCCAUCCAUGGCGAAGGCGACUUCAUUGGCAAAAUAAAGGGUAUGCUUGUGGACGGCCACGGAGUGAUGGAGGCGACCCCAGGAGGACAACUCUACGUCACUGGAAUCAACUUCAACUUCAAGUUUAAGGACUUGAAAAUGGACCUCAAAAAUCUCUUCAAUGGAAACGAAAUACUAAGUCGCACAGUGGCGGAAUUCAUGAACAGCAACAGUCAGCUGGUGUUGGACGAGCUGACGCCGGAGCUGACUAAAACGUUCAGCUCGUACGUCAAGGGCCUCGUCAACAAUCUUCUGUCAGGGCUACCGCAAGACCUGCUCACUUCUCUGCCCAACGCCAGUAGCAAAGACAAGCACAGACAAAGGACGCUGCAACGCAAAACAAAGGCUACAUGAAAUAUUAUGUAAAUUUUCUAGCAUCGAUCUCCGUCAGUGACUAUAGAAUUUCACGAUACUUCGGUCUACUUAAGCGUAAGUUUUAAUGUGGUGAAAUUGCAAUAACCGAUUAUUGUUUGUAAAAGGGUGAUUACUGUAAGUUACACCCGUACAAAUGUUCGAACUGUUUGAAGAAUAAAUAUUAUAUAAAAACUAAAAUUAAUGAACUGAAAACAAGGUUGAUGCCACCAAAAACUCACCGUUUUUGCCGUUACCACCGUCAACGUUUUAUAAAAAACGUUACGAAGUCUAACUCUAUCGUCAUGCAAAACCGAAAUACUGGAAUACAGGUACAAGCACUUGGCAUAUUCGAAAUUCGCAGAACAACGUAAAAAAAUAAUGACAUCGGCAUCCACCGGAAAUUCAUAUUUAUAGCCCAGACAAAGUCUUAUUCAAUUACUCUUCCAGGAACACCAAGUCAAGUUCUUGCUUGCUGUUGGCUUUGGUUUUUAUCCACACCCUUUUUAAGUCGGACUUUUAUACCUUCAAUAUCCUCUGAAAGGCUCGUUUUUAGCAAGUAAAAAUGUUUCUACAUCUAAUCGUCUCGAAAUUCUUGGCAACCUACAGAGCUCAGCGAAUAGUCAAUUUCAUGGCUUCAAAUUACAUAAAAAGUUAUUGUCUGUUAAUCAACAACACAGCGACACGCUUUUAUUGAAAAUUUUAGCGCAAAAUGAACAAAAUGAAGAAUUUUUAAACCGUAUAAUGGCAAGGACAAUGUAUUGAUGGAUCGAAAUCGUUCCAACAGUAGCCUUACCGCAUUUAUCUCAGCUCCAAAAUCAAUUACUAUUUGCGAAAACCUAAUGAUUUCUCUGUAAUAGUUAUUUAGACUUUUACGCCUCAAGUUUAUCGCCUGGCAUUUUUUAAUGCUCGCCCGAAAUUCAGAAGCUUUAUUUUCUUUCGAAAUUUAAAUUCCGAGCAGUUCUUACUGCACAACACUCCUAGCUUUGAACAUUUCAAUUUGUUACGCCGUUUUUGAACUGUCUAUAUAGUGACUAACCAGAAUGCAGAAGACAGUACACGCGUGUUUAUAAGCAGCUUGGAGAAUUUUACAGAUAUUCAUAAUUACAGUCUGCCCACAUUUGAUGUGUAAAAUUUAUUUUUAUAAAAGCUCAUUUUGAAACUAUUGGAAUCUGAAUUAAUUCAUAGACUCAAACAAGCUUCCCAAAAAUAUGCAAUGAUAUACGGUCAUUUGAGAGUCAGCUCGAAAUAUGACGAGUCAUACUACGGGCUGACUGUAUACCAAUUUAUAAUAAUGUCUCUAAACACAGUUCCAUUUGAAAAUUCAUGUGAAACUGUACACAAAACUCAAACUAUAAUAAUAAUCGGAUUGGGAUUGCAUCUGCGGGUUGAUUACAUUUCUCGCAAUAGUAGGACUCCACUCAUCGUCAUCAAAGAGACCCUCAGCUAUAGAAAUAAUGCUCUCGGUGCAGCAAUUUAAAGAUAAAGGCACUCAAGUGCAAAGCUAAAUUAAACUCAAAACUCAU